AUGGCGUUGAGCCUGCUACUCACCCUUGGGUGCCGAGUGCGCCAUGCCAAGGGCGGUGAGGGCAUCAUUCGCUUCAUUGGUGACACCGAUUUCCAGGAGGUGAGCAGCGCCGUGUCGCAGCGCCGUGCCCAGUUGGCCUGGCAUCACCGUUCGGCACUCAUUCAACUCGGUCUAUUUGAAAACUGGGUUGCCUGCAUCGUGAUACAGGGUGUUUGGGUUGGCAUCGAACUCGACGAACCCAAUGGCAAGAAUGAUGGCACGGUGAACGGCAAACAGUACUUUGAGGCGCCACCGCAGCACGGCCUCUUUGCUCGACCAGAUAAACUGGAGCUCCUUGCACCGUACGACCCGGCUGCGGAUAUGAUCAAAAUGACCGAGAUGCGCGAUGAAAACGAGCGUUUGACCCAACAGCUGGCAAGCCUGAAACAGGCCCUCGCAACACUCACCACGACAACGCAAAAACUUGAAGCAGAAAAAACGGAUUUGGUCCGCGCUCGUGAGGCCCAAGAAGCGCGCCUAAACUCGCAUGAAGUCGAAUCGGACCAAGCUUGUGCGGCUCUUGAGGCCAAUGAACAAGCUCUACAGCAACUUCAUCAGGAGCUGCAUGCUGCUCAACAGCAAAUGGCUGCUCUCGAACUUCGGCAACGCGAGCAAAAUUCCGUGCUCGGCAAGGCGCGCGCGCAGGCCCAAGCGGCGCUGGCUCAAUUGCGCGCGGACCAGACUCAACUGCGCCUCGACCUGGGUCCUUCCGGUGCCUUGCGCCAAGAAUGGGCGAGUUUUGUGCUUGAUCAGACCCCAACACUAGUCAAUCAGUUAGCGGAAUUUUGUCAUACAAGGACUCCCCCUGCGCCUACAACCUCGGCAACAGCCGACGCAAAACAGGCCGCCACUGAAAAGAACGCUCGUGCCGCCCAGGCAGCCGCGCAAGAUGAAUUGCAACAAAUGCAGAAUCGCGUGCAAGCCCUCGAGCGGGAGCUGCUGGACCAGGCAAACCAAGCCCGAGCCCGGCUGGCAGAAGCCGCUGCGAGCUCAGAAGGGGGCUUGCAAGAUGCUCUAGUUGAGGUAGAUGACUUGAAGCGGCAACUGGCAGCUCAGCGCUCGGCACGAUCCCGCGAUGCCCAAGCCGUCGAUCAACUUAAGGAGGCGCUCGUGCACAAGGUCGAUGCUACCACGACCCUUCUGUUGCAAACGCUGUCGCCUGUGGUUGCGCGAAAUGCCAAAUUGCUUGCUUCCGUGCAGGCCUUGGAGGCACGCGUGCGCGAGACACGCCAGCAAGCCAUGCGUGCUAACGAGACCCUGCGAGCCGCAGAACAAAGCCGCACGGAUCUCCAGCAGCAACUGGAGACCUUGAAGCAAGGCGCUGUCACAGCUGAUGAGGCGCACCGCGAGGCCACGGCUGGCCACACACGGCUGGCUCAGGAGCUGGAAGAAGCUACACAACGGCUCAAGGAUCAGAAGACCUCUUUCAACAAGGAACGCAGUAAGCUCUUGGAAAAUCUCCAAACGAGCAAGGCUGAUCUGGCCGCCGCCAAGGAUGAGCAGGCAGCACGCGAAGCCACCUGCAAACGCCUGGAGAAGGAAGUUCAAUCUUUGACUCAGGCUAAGAAAGAGCUGGAAGCACACGUGGCCGCGCAGCAGAAGGAGAGUCGGACGCGCAUCGACGCGCUCGAGUCGCAAGUACAUGAGAUCAGUGAUGAGCGUGAUGCGCUACGCCAGCAGGUCGCAUCGCUGCAAGCCAGUGUGGAUUCUGGUCGCUCCGAAAAGACGGCGCUUGAGAGCAAGUUUGCUGACCUAUUGCAGAAGCGAGAUCGUUUGGUGAGCCUGCAAGAAGAUUAUGAUCACGUCGUUGAGGAGUUGUCGACUUUUCGCGAGCAGGUAACGUGUGAGAGUAAUCUGCGACAAGAACGACUCACUGCUGUGGAGAAGGAGAAUGGCACACUCAAGACUGAAAUUGAAAAGCUGCGACGUGAGCACGACACGCAUCUGGUCCAGCAGAACCGCGAGCAUGCUGAAGCCAUGAAGACACAAGAGGCGGAGCACCAACAAAAGCUCAAGCAGUCCGAGGAGAAGGUGAAGAUGUUGGCGUCGCAGCUCAAGGCAACACUGGCCAAACUCAAGGAGCAGCAGGCAGCAGCAGCAGAAGAAACCCGAACGCACCAAGAAACGGUAGAAGCUCAUGCACAAGAGCUGAGCAACCGUGAUGCCGCUCUUUUGGAUCUGCAGGCACAGCUUAAGCAAGAAGCCGCAAGCGUGGCUGAGCGCGAGGCAGAUGUUACUUCGGCCAAGGCAGCGCUAGCGGAGCAGGCACAGCUUGUGGCGUCCAAAGAAGAAGAGAUAGCAGAGCUGAGCCAACAACUGGCAGAGGCGGUCACGCACAUCAGCACAACCAAAAUUCGCAUCGAGCAGCUGGAACAGUCCUUUGAGACAGUCUACCUUCGCCUGCAAACUGCUGUGGAGAAGGGCGCUGUUCCCCCCGUUGCGCCGGCGGAGAUCAAAGCGUUCAGUAGUGCCGUGGCGUCCCUGUCCCGGGACAUUGCCAUCAGUAUUCCCCGCGUGGUCAAGGUGCAGGGUGGGCAUCAGGCAUUUGAGAUUUACGUGACGGUCGGAACAGAUCAGUGGAUCAUUUAUCGACGCUACAGUGAGCUUCUGGCAUUUCAGCGUGAGAUUCGGAAGCAGUUCCCCAACGUUGAUCGUCUAGAGUUCCCUGCCAAGACGUUUGGCUCUGUAUCACCGGCCGUGACAGCAGAGCGUCGCAAAAAGCUGCAAACCUUCUUGCAAUCCAUUGUGGAAAUUGCCGUCGAGCUGGAAGGCACCCCAGUACAACAGGAACGAAGCAAGACGGCUCUGGUAUUGACCUUGCCCAUCUUUGCCGAAGACCGCUCCAGCAUGGCUGCUGUCACUGAUUUUGACGAUGAGGAGUUUGUUCAGGUGGAUUAG